UUUGGGAAGAAGCCCUUUUUCAAAGCCCCAAGCUGAGAUUGGUAGAUAUUUUGUAUUGAAAACUAAAUUUUUUUUUACUAAAAUUGAAAAAAUAGAGAAUUGGAGCUUGAUAAAAUCUUCUCUCUCCCCUACUUUUGCUCUCCUCUUGCCAUCUCUUUACAUCUUUGAUUAACCAUAGAUUGAUUCUCCUCUUUAAUAUAAUCUGCUUUAGCUCAUAAUUACUUCUCUCGACCUUGAAUUACUAAUCAGCUCAGCUCUCUCUCUACCCUCUCUCUCUUUCUUUUUUAGUACCCAAGUGUAUCUUUAUCUUUCCUUCAUCUCUAGCUUGAGGCUCUAUGUUGAGACCAUGUUCUUCUUUUUCACUGAUUAUGGCUAGGAUUAGAAUUUAAAGAUUUUUUUGCUGGGUUUUUCCCAAUUUUGGCUAGGAUUAGAAUUUGAAGAUUCCUUUCCUGUGUUUUUCCCAAUUUUGUUGUUUUUUUUUGUAAUUCGUUGUGAUGGGUGGAUCUGGCAUCUUUGCCUCUUAAUUCUGUUCUUUGUUGACAAAUCUUAAAUUGCAUCAAGUUCUAAUUUCAUUCAAUUGGAGUUGUUGUUGUUAUCAGUUCUGAAUUUGAACAUCUGAUUUUUUACACUCAAAACUUAGAUCGCCCGUGUUAUUUGGACAUUUUUUUGCAAAUUUUCAAUUACAUUUCUGUAAUUCUAUUAUUGAUUUGAAAUGAGCGUCUGAUAAGGUUUUUCAAGACUGCCACCUCUCCACUCUUCCAUUCAAAUCAGGUGAAUUCAAAUAGAUAAUAGCAUGAAGAGUUAGCAUGAAGAGUGAGAGCGAGGGCAAGAAAAUGAGAAAGGGUCAUCGUGAAUCUUCAUUGGUUGAAGAAGCCAGCAUGGGAGGAAACCCACUCGGAGAUGUAGCUUUAAAGAAAGGGCCAUGGACAUCUGCAGAAGAUGCAAUUCUGGUGGCCUAUGUCAAUAAGCAUGGUGAGGGGAACUGGAAUGCCGUACAAAAGCACUCGGGACUUUUGCGAUGUGGGAAAAGCUGCCGCCUUCGAUGGGCAAAUCACCUAAGACCUGAUCUGAAGAAGGGUACUUUCACUCCAGACGAAGAGCGGCGCAUUAUUAAACUCCAUGCCAAGAUAGGAAACAAAUGGGCCCGAAUGGCUGCAGAGUUUCCUGGACGUACAGACAAUGAAAUAAAGAACUUUUGGAAUACGAGAAUCAAGAGAUUACAACGUGCUGGUCUACCAAUUUAUCCUGCCGAUGUGAGCCUCCAACUAUUAAAUGGGAAUCAAGAAGGUCAAAACAUGGGAAGAUUGACAGUUGGAGACAGCCAUGACCCGGAUCUCAUCCAAGCAGACAAUUUGGAGAUUCCAGAUGUAAGAUUCAAAAAUUUAGAACUCAAUCAGAGUCUAUUAUCUUAUUCGCCGACGCUUCUUGAUUUUCCAGCAGGCAAUGUCCUUAAACAAAGUGUAGGUUCAUCCCAUAGUUACAGCUUUAUGUUGCCGACAUUGCAUCCUCGAAAACGACUGCGAGAGUCAGAAGCUCUAUUUCCAGUAUUGGAAGGUAGUUUUAGUGGUGGUCCCCCGUUGUAUAACCAAUACGUGGACUAUGAUUCUGAGAAGAUUGCUGACCCCUUUCAUUCGUCCUCUUCAUAUGAUCCUGGUUUCGAAACCUGGGACCAGAUGCCACUGGAUGCUUUUUCUGGUAGCCAUGCCCUUUUAAAUGGCAUUUCUUCUUCUUCUGAGCCCACAUGUGGGGCUACGAAGUUGGAGCUCCCUUCACUCCAAUAUUCAGAAACUCAACAAGAUAGCUGGGGCACUCCUGCUUCCCCACUGCCUUCGCUAGAGUCUGUUGAUACUUUAAUCCAAUCGCCUCCGACUGAGAAGACUAAAUCGGAGUGUAUAUCCGCACGAAGCAGCGGUAUGUUAGAAGCUGUACUUUAUCAAUCACAAACUUUGAAAAGCUCAACAAUGUCUUCACACCAGCAAAAUUCAGUUAUUUAUGAUUUUCCUGGUGACGUGGUCGAUGAUUCACCUAUGAAUCCUGGCAAGACUGUAUGGGAAGCGCGUCAUGACCCAAACUCUUCUUUAGGUCAUUCUGCUGCAUCUAUAUUUAGUGAGAACACUCCUGUCGAUGGAAGCUCAUUGGAUGAACCCCAUUCAAUUGAAAACAUGCCAGGUUGCAAUAUUGAAAAGAAAGAAGCUCCCAGUCAGAUAGACCUUUCCCGUCCAGAUCUUUUGCUUGGCUCGGGUUUGUUUGGGCACUGGGGCGGGCAUGUUAAGAAUCAAUCCCUGCCAACGGACCCUGUAGAAGCUCUUCUUGGGGAAGACGUUGGCAGUUACGACUAGUAAAUUGGUGGCUUGAACAUUAAAAUUUGAAAUGGUGCUGCCCUAAAACCUGUUCAUGAGUCAUCUUUAAUCUUUGAUAUCCUCCUGGAGCCUCAAUAACUCAUUUUUCUUGUGAGUUGUUAGAAGCUUUUUCUUCAUAUUUUGUGAACAAUGUGAGGCUUUGGGGAUUUCUGGGUGGGCAGCUUUCACAUGAUGUAGUGAGUCUGUAAGUUUAGGUUAUUUUUUUGUGUUGCAGUUGUGUUGGAACAAUGUGUUUCUUUCUCUGUUUCAAUCAUAAUUACCAUGUUACGUUAAAAGUUGCCGAACCAUGAGAUUGAUGAUCA